GAAGGUACCACGGACAUCCCCACCAUCACAGGCAGUCUGACAUCCUCAGCAAGGUGUCACUCCAGGCAGCUGUUUUACCUUUUUACUUAGACAGACAUUUUGAUACACAUUCCUAUCUGGUUUUAGUAUCAUGAAGCGAAUCAGGUCUUUCGUGCUUUUCUUGGUGCUAUCCGCGUCCUUACUGUGCACAACCGAAGCCGCGAGGAGUCGGACCAGUAACCAGAACAGCUUCCGACGGGCGGCUAACGGCAUCUACCAGACCCUGAGCAGCGUUUUCGGGGAGGACAACAUCAGAGGGUUAUAUAAGGUGAGAGGGGGGAUUCAUUACCAUGAAGAGAGGUUAUUUUAGUAUGAGUUAAUGAGAGUUAAGGUUGUGAAUUAGCGCGGUUUUGUUCUCUGAUAAUGGUGAACAGGAAACGAGCGCGCCCGAGGCCUGGCCAACAAUUUCUACGGUUGCCAUUUUGAAAAAUUAGCAUUUAUCCCAGUUUUUAUUCAUUGAUGAUCUCAGACGAUGUUGCCUUUGUGUACGUGAUAAAACCAGGUGUGCUUUUGAAAAGGUAAUAUCUGCUUCUGUUGUGCAACUUCCUGAUGCUUCCAUUCAUUACACUGUAAUAUUUCUGCACAGAUGGUAUUUAGCCGGUGCUUUCCAGGCCACAACAGCUGUUUGUUUAUGGCCCCAAAUUGUUAUAUAUCUGCUCUUGUUCACACACAUCAGCAUGGUUUCUCUCAUCUGUCCACCUGCUCUUCUUCCUGUAUUUUUCAGUGUAAUCUCUUAGUUCCUGUCUGUGGCCGCCAAAACUAACCAUAGAGAUAAGACAUGGCAGCUGGGGGUGGAGAACUUCAAGCUCGUAUCACCAUAUUAACUGUUAAUAUGAAAGGAAAAAGUCCUCUUCUAUUAGCAAACCUACAAUAUUCAGACUGAGAAUGACUAAAUAUCUUAUAUGAGACAAUGUUAACUCCAAUGCAGGAGCAGCAGGAGUAUUAAAAUGUAAAAUUUCUGAAGUAGAAGUGAAAGCAUCAGAUGUAUAAAAAAAUAUUGUGGUGUGGAGAACUAAGAUAUCAAUCAAUCAAAGUUUAUUUAUAUAGUACUGUUCAUACAAAUAAAAAUUGCAGCUCAAAGUGCUUUACAUCAGGACAAGAAAAAUAAAAGUUAUUAUAAUGGACUAAAACAGACAGAAAAAUAUAAAUGUGAAUUUAUUGAUAAAAUAAGGUAAAAAGUGACACUAAAAAUAAAUAAAUUAUAAUAGUCUCACCAAAUAAUAGUUUGGUUUAGUUUAAUAGAUUAUUUGACUAGGACUGUGCACGACAUAGUGCUGAGCUGGAGUCAGCUCAACAUAAUUUACACCAGUGGUUUAAGGUCUGCUGGAUCCAGGUCUGGAUGUUUGGCUGAAUCCGGAGUCAUGUAUAUUUUCUUUCAUUGUAUUCGCUGUUGUUUUUUUCUUUGCGUUACAUCGUUACAAAUGUCUCUCUUGGAAAAUCAAGGUGACUUACCUUUCUGUUUGCCUCUUUUUCGGUUUUGUAGUUUUUCUCCAAAACAACAGAGAGGUUCGUCCAUGGAGUGGACUCGUUCUUGGACACCAUCUGGAAGAUCUGGUCUGAUUUGCUGGAUGUGAUGGGCAUCGACUGUAAGUUUUAAUGUUGUUAUCUCAUUGCUGGCAGAGGGAAGGGAGAUUUGUCAGACUGACGGUACAUAACAGAUUUUUUUUGUCUUCUUCUCUCUCUUUUUCCUCCAUGUAGCCUCAAACCUCAGUCACUACUUCAGCCCCACAUCCCUCACCAACUCUCCAGCCCGCGCCCUGCUCUUGGUUGCAGCUGUACUCCUAGCCUACUGGUUCCUCUCUAUGUUCCUGGGGGGCUUCUUUUACCUGCUCCACGCCGUCUUCGGCAGGUUCUUCUGGCUUGCACGUGUCCUGCUCUUCGCCCUGUCUUGUCUCUACAUUCUGCAGAAGUUUGAGGGUGACCCCGAGCGUGCAGUGCUGCCGCUUUGCUUCAUCAUGGCCGUGUACUUCAUGACCGGUCCCGUUGGAGCGUACUGGCGUCGGGGAGGUGGUGCAGGCUCGCUCGAAGAGAAAAUCGACCACCUGGACACUCAGAUCAGGCUGCUUAACAUCAGGCUGAGCCGGGUCAUAGACGGCCUGGAACGCAGUGGGGAGCAGUAGGUGGCGGCCAUGAUGAGGGGGAGGGAGGGAAACGAGUCCAAACAGCUGCAGCUGAUGUCAGAAUGCUCUUUCCUGUGCACAUCUGCAGCGACACAACUACUGGGUUAAAACAACUCUGUGGUCUGAUGGGGGAAAUCUAGCUUUGAAAACAGUAUUUCAACUUCUUGAGUUGAUUUUAGUUACAGAAUAUUUAAAAAUCCUCAAAAGGUGUGGACACUUAUCUUGGAGCUCACACAAAUCAACCAAACACUUCUGCUUUUUUUUGUGUUUCUUCUUAAAGCUUUGACAGCGUUUUGUUACGUAAAUGAAUAUAUCAGAGAGGUGUCCGUGUUGUCUCAAAACUGGCCUCAGAAACUCUCCAGUUAUGGGCUUGAAUUUUGUGUUCGGAGAAGAAUUGUCCAUGCCUGUGCUGAAGUAUAUUCUACCUUACUCUGUUUAUUUCUGUCCUUGUGAAUAACCUGGGUGUUAAGAUUGUUACACAGGUUUUUAUCCCCCCUUAAUUAUUAAAGAUAAUGGAAAUGGGUUGGGUAUGAUGCAAGGGACCGGUGCAAACAUAUAUUUCUCAAAUGUAAAAAUCCUCAAGAUGUUAAAUAGUUGUUCAUAGUGAGAUUUAUUUAUUCCAGUUUCCACCCAAAAUGUUGAAAUCAUGUAGAGCUAGUUUGUUUCAUUAACUCAUCCUUCAAUAGUGGCAGUAGUUUGACAUCAGGACCUCUUUUUCAUUGUGUAUGUGUAUGAGUGUGUAUGCAUCUGGAUGACCUGUGUGCGUGCGUGUGCGUGUGUGUACAAAGCUUGUAAAUUUGAAAAGCACUGUAUCUAAAAGGCACCAUCAGAUAAGAAGAAAAUGUGGACAUGCAGCAAUAUCUCAGGGACUCAGCCAACAUCCAUCUAAACAGGGAGAGCUGUGGCGUGUACUGGAAUCAUGUAUUAGUACCACUGAGUCACACGCUCCUCGUAUUUGGUUCGAAAUCCGUCAUAUACCACGUAUGGACAAAUGGGUGCACACUUUAUGUCAUUGCAUCAUAUCGAAACGACAAAGAUUGAUCAUCUCUGAGAUCUGACCCAGCUUUUCAUUCACCUUUGAUUAUCUAAGGAGACGAAGUGGUCAGUGCUGUGCAAAGCCAUGAUUGAAAUAAUGUUAAGAUAAUAUAUGAUACUACUUUAACAGUGAACUAAAUGAGAAAUUUACCGACAGUUAUGUGCUUUAGAAACAUGCUUAACAUUCAUCACAUUCACUUUUUUUUGGGGUCUAUUUCUGCCUUUUUAAAUAUUUGUCAUAAUGUGCCAUCAUGCUCUCCAUCUCUUCAUACUCCACUUUGCAUCCUCUUUUGUCAUCUGAUUUCAGCUUAUAGAAUCUGGACUAUAUAAACAUAUUUAAUUUUUACUGUUUUCGCCAACGACCCAAAUGCUGUGCAGAGUUGGAUGGCAGAAAUCUUGUUUUACUAAGAAAGAUCAACUAAAACAGAAGAAGGAAAAAAGCGUAUUUACACUCUUAACCCUCAAAUAAUAAAAAUUCUCAGCACUUGUUUUCAUGCUUGGGAUGCAACUAAAGCCAAUGCUUCACAGUGUUGUUUGGGUGCUAUGUCCUCGCCACUCCCAGAAAAUUCCCAUCAUCUGCUUUUUUAAACCCAGUCAAGUGUCAGUUUCAUCUCUUUCCUCAUCUCUACCAUGUAUUUAAAGCUUGAUGGUAACGAAUUGCAGCUAAAUAUUUCAGUACUGGUUGACUUCAUGAGGAGGUUUGCCCGUCUCACUCACUUUUGGUGUACAUAAUCUGGACUCCUCUUGCAUGCCUAUAAUGUUCUGUUAAUCGACAUGUCUUUGACUGCCUACGUAGAGAAACCAGCAAAAACAUGAUGUGUGAUGAAUUAGCCAGAAGUUAACCAUAUUAGAGAUUUGUAUUAUAGAUAAUCAACAUUGCACUGAUGACUGUACUGUAACGACCAAAUGAUCGCCCUUAUGUGAGUGUUUAUUUUUUACAUUACAAGAUAUAACUUGAAUUGUUGGCUCUGAUCAUCUCGACCGUUCUGUAGAUCUAGUGAUUUUUGAUAUGUUAGUGUUAAAGUGUGUCAUUAAACAGCUGACUUGAAAAUGGGGGGGGGGUAUAUCUGACUAUCUGACUUGACGGGGGGGGGGCUGUGUAUCUGAGGCCAAUGUUUUGUGUGUGUUUUAGUAAUGGUAGCACGUGUGAUUAUGAAGGCGUAGACAGAGUUGUUUGUUGAAGGAACCAGGAAUUAAACUACUUAACGUCAAAAUGCGCAUAAUUUCGCUCAUCCUGUUGUAACUAUAAAAUAAAGUUCUGCACAGACUCUCCAUCUCAUAGAAGAAACACUGUAUGCUCAAAUAUGCUCAUGUACUACUAAACAUUCCCGCUCAGAUGUUGAAUCAUGCAGGUUUUCUGUCGGUUUUCUCGCUCUCCCAGAUCGAAUGCUACAUUGAGAAUAUAUUUAUUAUCUGUUAAAUAGCUCGUGAUUGAUAAAUUCAGUGUAACUUAUUCUUAUCAUUCCAUGUAAGCCUGCUUUUUGUUACAUACUGUGCCAAUAUGUUGGGUUUUUUUUUUUGUUAUUUCUGUUCAUGGCAUCUGAUGAAUCUUAAGUAGUUGCUGUUUCAUCAUUUGAUAUUUUUACACUGUUUUUUAUCCAAAUAUUUCUGUACUUCAAAGAUGUGGUACUCACCAAACUGUUUUGCCUGCUGUCGUCUACUCUGUGAGGGUGAGCGUGUGUGUCUCUAUCAGAACUCUGUUUUCUUGUGGUGAAAGUGAAAAUGAGGUCCAGAUUUGAAUAAAUUUAACACCACGCUAUGACAAACUUGUGUUUUUGAUUCAUUGAUGAUGUGCCGAUGUAGUAUCUC